AUGAAGAAGCUCCAGCUGUUGAUCGCUGUUUUCUGUGGCUUUCUGUGUGUUUUUGGUUCAACAACGCCCACCAAGCGAGUUCGACCCUUGCAGGGAAAUUUUUUUGAGUGGAUAAGUUCGAUAUUUUUACCACCACCGGGCACCACAACACCAACAACUGAAGUUACUACAAGAAAAUCCACAACAACUAGCUUAAGUUCAACAACUUCUACAACAACUUCUACAACAUCUUCUUUAAUAAGUUCAAAUACAACUUCAACAACAACUCCCAUUACUUCACCAACGUAUUCACCAGUGCCCAAUUUCCCCCAGGACAGAUAUUGUGUGAGCUGUCGCUGUGGCUUUAUUAAUAAUUUGAACAAAAUCGUGGGCGGUGAGGAGACCAGAGUCCACCAAUAUCCCUGGAUGGCGGUGAUUCUCAUACACGAUAGAUUCUAUUGCUCAGGAUCCCUGAUCAACGAUCUCUAUGUCCUGACAGCUGGUCAUUGUGUGGAGGGUGUGCUUCCGGAACUCCUCACUCUGCGUUUCCUGGAACACAAUCGCACGCAUCCCAAUGAGGAUGUUGUGGUUAUCCAGAGAUACGUGACCAAAGUUAAGGUUCACGAGCUCUAUAAUCCUCAAAGUUUUGACAAUGAUAUAGCUGUUUUGAGGCUGGAGCGACCGGUGGAUAUGGAGAAUCGCCGCAUAAGACCCAUUUGCCUGCCCAUUCAGGGUCACAGUUUUGAUCAUGAACUGGCCGUGGUCACGGGCUGGGGAGCUCAGAAGGAAGGAGGCUCGGCCAGCGAUACUUUGAGGGAAGUCCAAGUGGUGGUUAUACCCCAAUCGGUGUGUCGGAAUCAAACUACCUACAGGCCAGGACAAAUCACGGAUAACAUGAUGUGUGCUGGCUAUAUCUCGGAGGGUGGCAAGGAUGCCUGUGGUGGCGAUAGCGGUGGUCCGCUGCAAACCACCUUUGACGAGCAGCCAGGACAAUAUCAAUUGGCGGGCAUAGUGUCCUGGGGAGCAGGUUGUGCCAGGCCCAAGUCCCCGGGUGUUUAUACCAGAGUCAAUCAGUAUCUGCGCUGGCUGAGGUCGAAUACUCCUGGGGCCUGUCAUUGUAUGCCCUAUCCCGAGGAGGAUUAUUAG